CCACAUGCAAGUGGCGGGUGUGCGGACAUUUAUCGGGGAAGGUGGAAGAGGCAGGUUGUCGGGAUUAAGGCUCUGAGGCUUUCAGUCGUGAGUCUUCUAUACGCUAAGGAGGCGACGAUCUGGAGGCGUCUAGCGCAUCCGAAUAUUACACCCUUCUACGGAAUCGAUACUGAACACUUCAAGAUUAGUAUGGUAUAUAAAUGGAUGGCGCACGGCAUAUCAUCGAGUUUUUGGGCACAGUUCGAGAAGCCAGCCGCCCACAUUUGGUGA